UUGACUGAAAGCUCUCUAUCACUCCAGCAGGCUUGGACUCUGCUAUGAACCAGUGUGAGGAUGGAGAGGAGGGAGACCCUCCCUCUAAAACCACUCUGAGUGGGGAACAUGACAGCCAGACCAAAGCUCAGAGGAUGCAGGAGCAGAGACCUGGACCUGGAGCUGGACCUGGGCCUGGAUCUGGACCUGGACCUGGGCCCAGCUGUGUGUCCAUAAAGAGUGACCAGUCCAUAGGUCGUUUUAUUACCUUUAAAGUUGGAUCAGCUGCUGAAGGAAGGAUGCAGCAGCAGAGACCUGGACCUGGAUCUGGGUCCAGCUGUGUGUCCAUAAAGAGUGACCAGUCUAUAGAUCAUUUUUAUGACUUUAAAGUUGGACCAGCUGCUGAAGGAAAAGUUCAGCAGCAGAGCUCAGAGGUUCGGUCCACCCAGCAGCAUCAAACACACCUGGACUCCAUAUUCAUGCUGCUGGAGGAAAACAUCGUGACUUUUGUGAAGAACGAGCUGAAGAAAGUCCAGAGAGUUCUGAGUCCAGAUUACCCAGAAUGCUUAGAGUGUCAGAUGGAGGAUGAGGAGGUGCUGGACAGUGAGGAUGAAGAGCAGAGGAGGAGCAGCAGAGAGGCAUUUGAGAAGAUCACACUGCACUUCCUGAGGAGAAUGAAGCAGGAGGAGCUGGCUGACUGUCUGCAGAGCAGAAGUAAUUCGGGAGUUUGUCAGCAUGAACUCAAAUCUAACCUGAAGAAGUUCCAGUGUGUGUUUGAGGGGAUCGCUAAAGCAGGAAACCCAACCCUUCUGAAUCAGAUGUACACAGAGCUCUACAUCACAGAGGGAGGGACUGCAGAGGUCAAUGAUCAACAUGAGGUCAAACACAUUGAAACAGCAUCCAGGAAACCACACAGACCAGAAACAACCAUCAGACAAGAAGACCUCUUUAAAGCCUCACCUGGAAGAGAGGAACCAAUCAGAACAGUGAUGACAAAGGGAGUGGCUGGCAUUGGGAAAACAGUCUUAACACAGAAGUUCACUCUGGACUGGGCUGAAGACAAAGACCACCAGGACAUACAGUUCACAUUUCCAUUCACUUACAGAGAGCUGAAUGUGCUGAAAGAGAAACAGUUCAGCUUGGUGGAACUUGUUCAUCACUUCUUCAGUGAAAGCAAAGAAGCAGGAAUCUGCAGGUUUGAAGAGUUCCUGGUUCUCUUCAUCUUUGACGGUCUGGAUGAUUGUCGACUUCCUCUGGACUUCCACCACAAUGAGGUCCUGACUGAUGUUACAGAGUCCACCUCAGUGGAUGUGCUGCUGACAAACCUCUUCAGGGGGAAACUGCUUCCCUCUGCUCGCCUCUGGAUAACCACACGACCUGCAGCAGCCAAUCAGAUCCCUCCUGAGUGUGUCGACAUGGUGACAGAGGUCAGAGGGUUCACUGACCCACAGAAGGAGGAUUACUUCAUGAAGAGAUUCAGAGAUGAGGAGCAGGCCAGCAGGAUCAUCUCCCACAUCAAGACCUCACGAAGCCUCCACAUCAUGUGCCACAUCCCAGUCUUCUGCUGGAUCACUGCUGGAGUUCUGAAGGAGGUGUUGAAGACCAGAGAGGGAGGACAGUUUCCCAAGACCCUGACUGAGAUGUACAUCCACUUCCUGGUGGUUCAGUCCAAACUGAAGAAGGUCAAGUAUGAUGGAGGAGCUGAGACAGAUCCACACUGGAGUCCAGAGAGCAGGAAGAUGACUGAGUCUCUGGGGAAACUGGCUUUUGCUCAGCUGCAGAAAGGCAACCUGAUCUUCUAUGAAUCCGACCUGACAGAGUCUGGCAUCGACAUCAGAGCAGCCUCAGUGUACUCAGGAGUGUUCACACAGGUCUUUAGAGAGGAGAGAGGACUGUACCAGGACAAGGUGUUCUGCUUCGUCCAUCUGACUGUUCAGGAGUUUCUGGCUGCUCUUCAUGUCCAUCUGACCUUCAUCAACUCUGGAGUCAAUCUGCUGUCAGAAGAACAAACAACCUCCCGGUGGUCUGAAGUCUUUAGAGGCAAACCUGAACCAAAACGUCUCUACCAGAGUGCUGUGGACAAGGCCUUACAGAGUCCAAUUGGACACCUGGACUUGUUCCCCCGCUUCCUCCUGGGUCUUUCACUGCAGACCAAUCAGACUCUCCUACGAAGUCUGCUGACACAGACAGGAAGUAGCUCACAGACCAAUCAGGAAACAGUCCAGUACAUCAAGAAGAAGAUCAGAAAGAAUGUGUCUCCAGAGAAAAGCAUCAAUCUGUUCCACUGUCUGAAUGAACUGAAUGAUGGUUCUCUAGUGGAGGAGAUCCAACAGUCCCUGAGGUCAGGAUGUCUCUCCACAGAUAAACUGUCUCCUGCUCAGUGGUCAGCUCUGGGCUUCAUCUUACUGUCAUCAGGAAAAGAUCUGGACGUGUUUGACCUGAAGAAAUAUUCUGCUUCCAAGGAGGCUCUUCUGAGGCUGCUGCCAGUGGUCAAAGCCUCCAACAAAGCUCUGUAAUUGGACACACAACUAU